GAACCGUGAUGGAGGCGGGAGCUAGGCGGCCCGUCGUGAUGAUGUAAGCAGCGCGACACAGAAGGCGUUGGGGUCAGUGGGAUGGCGGCGGCGGCUGCGGCUCUGGCUCCGGCGCUGCGGUGCUCGUUGGGGCGGCACCAAGCGCUGAGCGGCCCUGCAGGUCGCCGCGGGAGGUGGCCUUCCCCCGCGGAGGGCUCGUCCCUGAGGCCGUGCAGCACGAGGGCGGCUCUGGACGGCAUCAACAAAGCUGUCGUAGACCGCAUCAUCCGCGUGGACCACGCUGGGGAGUACGGCGCCAAUCGUAUCUACGCCGGGCAGAUGGCCGUGCUGGGCAGGUCGGCCGCGGGGCCGCUCAUCCAGCAAAUGUGGAAUCAGGAGAAAGACCAUCUGAAAAAGUUUAAUGAGUUAAUGGUUGCAUACAGAGUCCGACCUACUGUCUUAUUGCCUUUUUGGAAUAUAGCAGGCUUUGUUUUAGGGGCUGGAAGCUCUCUGCUUGGGAAGAAGGGCGCAAUGGCUUGCACGGUGGCAGUGGAAGAGAGCAUAUCAGACCACUAUAACAACCAGAUCCGAACUCUAAUGGAGGAGGAUCCAGAAAAGUACAGAGAACUGAUGCAGAUAAUAAAGCAAUGUCGGGAUGAUGAACUGGAGCACCAUGACAUUGGGCUUGAGCACGAUGCAGAGAGAGCACCAGCUUACUCUGUUUUGAAGACAGUAAUACAGCUUGGAUGCAAAGCUGCAAUAUAUUUAUCAGAAAGAAUUUAGUGAUAUUUUUCCAUAAUAUGCUUGCAGUAAUAAACUGUGAAACGAAAGUGUAUGGAAGACUAAGCUUUAUUUUAUUCAGACUUUUAAAAUUUUCUUAAUUAAACAUCUGAUUCAACCUCA